CAAGCUCAGCAUGUCGGGCAGCAUGAACAAGGUGACGCCAGACAGGGAUCCCGAUGUUCCUCCAGCAGCAGGUACUCAGGAGCUCGGGGUCUUGGGCCGAAUCAGCGGCGUUAUCAUUGGCCUCUUGGAACACGCCUUUUACUGCUACGGGAAGGCGAUAUCACGGGCGCCCUUCGUCUUCAUCUUCUUGUGUCUGGCGUUUACCGGGUUCUGCGCGAUCGGAAUUACGAAGUUCACGACGGAGGAGCGGCCCUUCAAGCUGUGGACGCCCACGGAUUCGGAUUUCCUCGAGAUCACGGACUGGAAGGAGGCGAACUUCCCUUCGGAUCUCAGACUCAACAUGGCCAUUUUCGAGGCGGAGAACGUCCUCGAGAAGCGCGUCAUCUUGGAAAUGCUGCGAGUGCACGACGUCGUGGUCGGGACGGCGGUGGGAGACGUCUCGUGGGAAAAGGUCUGCGCAAAGGUCCCCACGCUGACGGCCGCGCUUUUCGGGAGGCGCAAGAGGGACGUCGGGGAUGAGGCUUAUCCCGGGCUGCGAGAGGAGCCCAGGGUCGUCAGGCAGACCGACGACUAUGAGGAAGAGGAGUUAGACUGGAGUUUAAUCUUGUCGCGGGAAGGCUACUGCGAUUUCCAAGCGAAUAUGGAGCAGUCUUGUCUGGAAAACAGUCUCUUGGAAGUGUUCGGCUACGACAGGAGGGACAUAGAAUCGCUCUCACAGACAGAGAUAAUUGAAGAGAUCAACUACGCGGACGUGAGCGCCGUCUUUGGGUUUCCCUUAAACGCCACGAAGUUCCUAGGGGGCGUCGAGAGGGACUCCAGCGGGCUGAUUGUGAGGGCUCGAACGGCGAUGCACAUGUGGUUCACGAGAGUCAACCGUACAGCCAUCGCACUCGGGGAAUAUCUGGACGACGGCGGGUCAGGAUCCCAGGUUGACCUCAUGAACUUCAACUGGGAACAAGAGUUCAUAAAGAACGUUCUGAACGAGACGGAUCGGCCCCGGGAUAUUUCUUUCUACCUCGGGGCUUCCUCCAGCUUCGGAACCAUCAGUAGCAGCAACAUCGAAGGAGACCUGCAGUUCCUCACUGCUGGCUUCGGCAUCGUGUUCCUCUACGUCGUGGUGAUGCUCGGAAAGUUCAAUUUGGUGGAGCAGAGACCCGUGCUCUCGCUGCUCGGCCUGUCUUGCGUGGGACUGGCGGUGGGAGUGUCCUAUGGCCUUUGCUCUGCGUUCGGCGUCCCCUACGGCCCCGUCAACAACAUCCUGCCCUUCUUGCUUCUCGGCCUUGGGAUCGACGACAUGUUCGUGAUAAUGCAAUCAUGGAAUAACCUCAGCCCGCAAGAACAAACGAAAGACUUGCACGAGAGAAUCGGCAGCGCCCUCAGACAUGCCGGAGUCUCCAUCACAGUCACGUCCGUCACUGAUUUCGUAGCUUUUGCCAUCGGAAGCACGACCGUCCUGCCAGCCCUGAGGUCCUUCUGCCUCUACGCUGCCAUUGGCAUCGCUGCGAUUUAUUUCUUCCAGUCGACGUUUUUUGUCGCCUGCCUCUCCCUCGACCAGCGGCGCCUGGAGGACUCUCGACACGGGUUCCUGUGGUGUUGGAAAAUCAAGAACUGGACCCCCAAUGAGUGCAGCCAGCGAGACCUGUGCCAGACCUUUUUCACGGAAGUGUAUGCUAAGUAUCUGUUUAAGCUGCCAGUGAAGAUCGUCGUCAUAGUCGUAACUGCAGCAGUAGUGGCGGUUUCCGGAUGGGGGCUCUCGAACCUACGCCAAGAGUUUGAUCCCAUUUGGUUUUUGCCGCAAGAUUCCUACCUUUACGAGUUUUUCAUGAAGCAGAAAUAUUACUAUCCUUCCUCCGGUGAAGAAGGCACGAUUUAUUUCGGGAACGUAAGUCUCUUGGCCGAAAUGCCGAAAAUUGAAGAACUAGUUAAACAGCUGAACGAAAAUGAGUACGUGGCUGAAGUCGACAGCUGGUUUCUAGCCUACAAAAAAUACUGGGGGAAGCAAGGCAUUUCGGUCCCUAACCCAGAUCAGACUGAAGAUGGCUUUCUGGAUCAACUCUCGCGGUUUCUUCACUCGCCAAGUGGGUCCCCUUACAGAAGCAGGAAUUUUCGCUUCUCAGGCGAGUUAAUUUGCUACGAGAAAGCUCCUCCGGUGACUGCGUCGAGCAUAAACUAUAAACACAGAAUGCUCCAGUCGUCUCGGGAGAAGUCCAAGGCCAUGGAGGACGUGAAGGCUAUCGUCAGAAACGCAAAUUUUACGGGCUACGUUCGCCCAUGGUCGCGAGCCUACGCAGGCUGGGAGACUGACCAAGUCAUCGAGGAAGAACUGUACAGGAACAUGGGGCUCGCUCUCUUGGUCGUGUUCGUGGUGACCCUCCUGCUAAUCGCCAGUCUCCCAACCAGCCUCAUGGUCCUACUGUGCGUGUUCCUGACCCUGAUUGACGUCGGCGCGCUGAUGCACUGGUGGGGCCUCACCAUCGACACCGUAUCGUGCAUUGACUUGGUGCUGGCCAUCGGGUUGUGCGUGGACUACGCAGCGCACGUGGGACACACCUUCAUGACCCACGCUGGCACGAGAGACGAGCGGGCCAGGGCCACCGUCGGGAGGAUCGGUCCGGCUGUUCUGAACGGAGGCUUCAGUACCUUCCUCUCCUUCGUGUUCUUGUCGAAUUCAUCGUCUCACGUCUUUCUCACGUUUUUCAAGAUAUUUUUCGCCGUGUGUGUGUUCGGUCUCUUACCACGGCCUCGUCUUCCUCCCCGUCCUGCUCUCACUCGCGGGCCCGGCUCCCUACCCCACCGCCCACGCCCCGACGCUUCAGCCCACGCCCGUAUUCACGCCCGCGGAGAAGAGAGACACCAUACCGAAUCAUGGGUUUAUAGAGAAGACGCUUGAACCGGGAGAUGAAGUUAAUUCGAACGAGAAUGAUAAAGGCGAACAGGUGAACGCGGCUUCAGCUUCGACGGAAACAAACCUUGGCGAUCAGCAAGAGAAAUAUUAAUGUCUUUUUCUUGAAUUACCUUUGCGUGUUCUUCUUAAUUUUUAA